AUGCAGCUGCGGGGACGCCGCACUCUCCUGCACGCACUUCGCGAAAGGAACUGCGUCUGCUUCUCGCUUGUUCUGUCUCUCGCGCUUCUGCCUGUCGCCCGUCUCCGUUCGCCCGCUGCCUCGGCUUCUCACGGACCUCCCGUCGCGCUCCUCGAACCUCACAGGUCGAGAACGCGCCUCGCCUCCUACCACAGCGGCCGAGAGACGGACGACUGGGCGGAGGGCGACGGAGCGCGUGGAUGCACAGAGGGGGGAGAUGAAGAAACGGGGAAUGGAUCAGGCGAGGAGGAACAUCGGGAUGGGGUGGAGCGAAUGCAGCUCCACUUUGUACCGGACCCGGAAGGCGACACCCAAGAUCCGCGAACGGGGGGGAACGGAGACGAAGGUGACGAAGGAGACGAGAUAGGAGAGAGAGACGAGAGCGAAGCCACUGAUGCGGCAGAUCCCUCUGACAAAAUCAAAGAGGGAAAAAACCAGAGUGGAGGCUCGGACGCCGCCGAACCAAACCAAGUCCCGAGCUCCGCCCACGGCACCAGGAGUUUCAAAGAGCGGCGGAAAGAAGUGCAGCAGCGGCGAACUGCCUAUCUUCGACGGGGCAAGCGAUUUGGAGCCGUCGCGCCCGAGGUCGUCGGCAAAGAAAGCGAGCGAGUGGACAUGGCACUCAUCGAGGACUUGGCUAGCCACCUUCCCGUCGAGGUCCAUGGCAGCGGGAACGCUACGUUGCUUAUUGAGGCGGACAUUCCCGGGCACAUCACGCAAAAAGUCCAAGAACUGACGCUCGCCCACCUGCGAACAACGCUGCGCGUGCCUGGAUACCGCAGCGGGCUUGCGGAAGUCCCCCUCGCGAUGCUGCAGUACUACGCAGGCGGCGCCGACGCAGUGAAGCAACGAGCCGUGCAGGCGCUCGGGGAUCUGCUUCUUCACCAGGCCACGAAAAAAGGCACGAAGAUGAUCGGCACACCCCAGUUUGUCCAGAAGGACUCCGAGCUAGUUGCCAACUUCACUCCAGGCCAGUCCAUGAAGAUCCAAAUCCGAUGUGAUACGCUACCAACUGUCAAGUUCAAACAGAACUACAAAGGCCUCAAGUUGCGCGUUCCAAGGCCCCCGUAUCCUGAGGGCCUGCUGUUCCAGAAGGCUGAGGAGAUUCUGGCAAAGCGCCAUGCGACCGAGGUUGACUUUCCUAACGCAGACAGACGUGCGCGAGUGGGUGACGCCGUCGAAAUUGAGGUGAUACGUGGAUGGUUCGAGACGGGCGACGAGACACGCGGCGACGAGAUUCCGAAGCACCUCAUCGCUGGCGUGGUAACAGUGAUCUUAGACAAAGACUGCAACCCUGAAGGCGGCGCCGAGCUCCUUGACGGUCUGCUAGGGAUCCGGAAAGGCGACGCACGCGAGGUUCGCGUGCCGCUACCCUUCUCCGUCAAGGAAAUGCUUCCUUUUUCGGGCAUCGAGCAGGUUGGCAAACUUCCGUCCUCCGCUUCCUCGCAAGCUGCGCCGCCGUCGCCCCGCGUCUCCGCCACAGGCUUCUUGGAGGGAGAGGCCGCCGCUGGAGGAGGAGACGGAUCGGGCCUGGCGACGGUCGACGCCCUCGCUCGGGAGGCAAGCGAGAAAUGCGGAAUCGACUUGACUGAUGAGCGUAAAGAGCACAUCCUCGACCAAGACGAAGAGCGGCUCGUUCAAACCAUUCUCCACGUCCAGUGCCUCGGCGUGAAGCGUCGAAUUCCACGGGAACUCGACGAUGCAUUUUACAGAACGUUCUUGAACGCGACUCGAGCGGAAUUCAUGGAGCAGCUGGAAGCAACCGGGGACGAGCUCGUGGAGGCAGCAAGUGUUAAGGCCCGUCGCGGCGCCGUCGCCGCUGCCCUCGAUGACAUUACCACAAUUGAGGCUCCAGAAACACUGAUCGAAGAGCAGGCGCGAUUGACGUACAAGCAACAGCUGAAGUCGAAGGAGAUGGAAGGCCACGACGUGACCGGUCUGGACACGGAGGAGAAAUAUCAGGAGUGGAAGUGCAAAAAUGUCAACGUAGUCGUUAAACUUCUAAAGACUGCCUUCACAAUCAAGGCGAUUUUGAAGAACGAAAACCUGAAGGUUGACCAAGCGCGACUCAUGAAGUCUGUCGAGGAGACGCUGAUGAAGUGUCCCGGCCAGAAGCCCGACCUGGUAACAGAGCGGACGUUGAAUCUGAUGGAGUCGCAGCUCGUGUACGAUUUCGUCGCGGAUCACGCGGAUAUCACAUACUAUGUCGAGGAGAGGCCCGUGUCGGCCAGUGUGGUUCAUAAAUCUGCUGAUGGCGACAUGUCCUACGGGAUGAAGGCGUAUCCUGCAGGAGCGGAUGUCGAGCGCUACCAGAAGACCCGCGAAGCGCUCGUUGACGAAAACGAGAAACUGAAAGAACUGACGUCCAAAUUUUUCGUGGAACCUGGAGGCAAACGGCGACCGCCUCCUCUUGAACCGGAAGAUGACGCGGAUCUAUAG